UGCGGGAAAAACAGAUCCAGCCUCCAAAAUGUCAUCUUUCAGCUAUAUUCCACUCAGAAGGGAUGAUUCAAAGGAGCAGACCUACUUCAACAGUGCUCCCAAGACUAAGAAGCUCCUGACAUACGAUCAGUUGUUCCGGCAAGGCGACAGCUACGAUGAGAUGCUGCACAGAGACGACCGUGUUCACGCCAAAGGCAGAGGACUUGCCAUCCACGAGGAGGAAUCAUCGAGACCCGUAGCCGUCUUGUCUUCCUCGGAGUAUGGGAGGCGUUUCCCCUCGCUGCUUUAUAAGCCAGGCUGCCAGUUUGACCGCGUUGCGACCAUUGGCACGGAGUUUUUCCGGAAAAACGGGGUCUCAUGGUGCUUAGACGAUGGCUAUGGCUCCAUUGUUCCUGUCUAA